ACCCAUCUGCCCAAGAAUAGAAUUGUUCACCUUGCAUCCUCAACUAAACUUUUGGCACCCUAGUUCAUAUACUAUAUUCAUCGAAGUGGAGUAAGAGGUGAUGCUAAUCUAAUAUAAUUUAUUUAGAGGUUCACACAACUGCAAGCAUGUUUUCCUUGUCUAUGAUGGUAGGCUUGGUUCCCGUCGUGUCCCUCUUUGGUUUGUUCUACUCUGCCGCAGUGGAUGAAAACUUUCCUCAGGGCUGCACGAGUAGCAACAAUUUGUGCUUUUACAGUCUGCUGCUACCCAUCACCAUCCCUGUCUACGUCUUCUUCCACCUGUGGAGCUGGAUAGGAAUUAAGCUCUUCAGGCACAAUUAAAUUUUGAUGUGGUGUUUAACAAUGUUGUAUAAAUUAGUGACACCCUGCCCCUUGUUUGCCCUUGCUUUUAUUUGUAUUUUCGAAAUGCAAAAAUUCAGGCCAGAAUGUUACUUACAGUAAAGAUGACAUAUUCUCUUAAUGCAAUAAACUGUACCAAUAACAUCACAUUUUAACUUUCAACAAUCAAUGACUAAACUUUCCUUUAAGAUGA